AAUGGGAGAGGGAGAGAUGGAAAGGCACCCCACAGGUUCCAAUCGGAGAAGUACCUCGAGACGAGCAUGGAGGAGGCCGAUCAAGAUGUGUCGGGGCCGCUGGACGGCCCGACGCCCGUUCCCGCGUCAUUGAGCUCGUCCACGGCGAGCGUCUGUCCGGCACUUGCCUCUUUGGCGACUUCAAGCCCGCGCCAGUCGCCGUCUUUGUCGUCCUUGAGCUCCUCCGGCUCUUUGUCGACCCCGCAGAGUGACACUGGGUCCAGCAGCUGCAUGUCUGGCGUGCGAAAGAAGCUCGAACUGCUCUACCGCUACCGCGACCUGCUCAGCCAGGGAGCCGAGCUCGUCACGGCGGCCCAACACCGGUAUGUCAGUCUGCUGGGCGAGGCGAACGAGAUUGCAGCGCAGCUGAAGACGAGCAAUGAGUCAGAGGAGAAGGAUGAUGGAGACAGUGACAGACAAUUGGAGCUCUUUGGUGGAGCGAUGCCAGAAUGGGAGGAAGCGGUUGCCGCGGCUGCUCAGAGGUCGGCGAUGGCGAGUCAGACAAGCGAGGCGCAUUCGAGUUACACAGGCCAUGCGCACAAGGAGCAGGCGGGUCACGAGCUUGAGGGCUUGACAGCUGCCGACUUUGAUGAUAGCACCUUUGACGAGGGCGGAGAGCGAUUCGACGAGAAGACGGUAGUUCCCCUGUCGACAUUGGAAAUUGACGAGCAGAUAUACGACAUCAACGAACGCUACAAGCCUGGGCCCGGCCGCACCUUUCCCUGGACGAAAGAACUCGAUGAGAGCCGUCGCGACAUUUUCCGUAAGACGACCUGGCGGCCGUUGCAGGAGGAGGCGUGCAACGCCGCCAUGGACGGCAAACAUCUCAUCGUGUGGAUGCCCACAGCUGGAGGAAAAUCGCUCUGCUACCAGCUUCCUGCCAUUCUUCGCCCCGGCAUCACCAUUGUGGUGGCGCCUCUCGUGGCGCUGCUUCACGAUCAGUUGGCUGGCCUCGAGGACAAAUGCAUCGCCGCUGCGGCUAUCCAUUCUGGUGAAGGUGUCAACAUGAUGGAGGGCCUGGAAGUCGAGGAUGUUCUCACCCAGGCAGACUAUAACGAGAUGAGAGACUAUCGAAUCAUCCUUGUCACACCAGAGCGCAUCGCUCAGCGGCCUGCCUUUCGUGACAAGCUCAAGGUGGCGUCCGAGUCGGGCAGGCUACAACGGAUUGUCAUCGAUGAGGUGCAUCUGUUCGAGCAUGCCGACUCGUACCGACCCGCCUACCCGGCCCUCGUCGAGCUGCGGCGACUUCUGCCCCGGACACCGUUCACUUUUCUCAGUGCAACCAUGUCUCACACGUUCAUGGCUCGGCUACGGAUCGAAUUCGAGCUCGAGGAGCAGCAGACGCUCUGCCUGGUCUCGCAAGAGAAGCGUAGGAAUCUGCAAUUCUCGGUCGCGCACAAGGCCAGUGCCACCUCCUUUCUCCAGCUUGCGCACUGGAUCCGAAUUGCGCACAGGAAUCAAUCAGGCAUCAUCUACAUCUCCAACAUCAAACACGCCGAUCUUGUUGUCGCGGAGCUCAAAAGAAGCGCAAUCUCUUCGACGGUUUACCACGGCCGACUGUCCAACAGCCGGAAGCAGCGCGCGGCAGAAGAUUGGCUCGAAGGAAGGGCGCUUGUCAUGGUCGCCACCAAUGCCUUUGGGCUCGGCAUUGACAAGGCCGAUGUCCGCUUUGUCUGCCACGCGACGCUGCCCCGUAGCCUCGAGGAUUACCACCAGGAGUGUGGACGAGCGGGACGGGAUGGUCAGCCUGCAGAGUGCCUCCUUUGGUACACGCCCAGCGACGUGUCUGGAAUGGCAUCAAGGAUCGCAGAGAAUGGUCGCAAUUUCGAGCGAGACUUUGAAAAGUUCCGCUGGAUGCUUAGGUAUGCCCAAACGAGCGAGUGUCGAGCAAGCAUCGUAGAGGAUUACCUGUGGAAGGACGACAACUUGACGACGACAACAAAUGAUAUACCCAGAAGCUCCUCGUGUCCCUGCUGUGACAAUUGCGAGAGGGGCAGUGCCGACGUCGAAGACGUCACUCUCGAGGCAUGGCAGAUUCUGACCUUGUUCCAACACGCUAGAAGGAAGGGCAUGCGUUAUCGAUUCACAAUAAAACAGCUGGCUGAGCUCGCUGUAGGCCAUGGUCGCAGCACGAGAGGUCAUCAAAGGGAGCUUGGUCACAAAUGUAUCGGUGGCCAACCAGUGAAGCUGGGCAUCAAAGCAGCAGAGAGACUCGUCGUGGAGCUCAUCGUACAAAAACUUCUCAAAUUUGACCCGCGGGACCGUAAGUCGUAUGGUACAACCUAUGUGCAACUUGGAAACCUACAGUCUUCUGCAAAUCCUUUGGUCCGUGCAAGCUCGCUUGAGGAGGCCAAGUCACUCAAGGGCCUCGUCAUGGUGGCGUUCGGACCAGGUGAGCUGAGGAGCUACACCCGAGCCAGCAACGAGACGAGCAAACAGGCAAGGCAAGCAAAGACAAAGAGAGUCAGUCCGGUGAAGAGAGAACCAGACGAGCAAAUGUACAAUGGGAUGCUUGAGCAGGAGCGCUUCAAAGAGGACAGUCCAUCCCUGAAGCGUAGGAGGAGUAGCAGGAUCAAGGAUCAGGCAAACUUAGUCAACCUGUCCAAAAGUUGAUGGCAGCGUCUGGCCCAGCUCCUUUGGCCCAGCUCGAUCGACAUUGUGGAAGUGCGAGGAGUUGAAGUGUACUGCAUAAUUUAGACGUUGGUGUUAGACAGUUCCUUGCUGAUCGGGAUGCAUCUGCUGCUUGAAAAGCUUAUGUUACAACAUGUC